AAUAAAUAAAUUAAAUAUACAUUUUAUUAAUUAUGUUGAAAAAUGUUAGCACAAAAACUUUAGCAAAAAUAGCUGUUUAUGGAGCUAUCGGUUUGUCUACAACUGGUAUGGUUUUACAAUGGAAAACAAAAGAGAACAUUAAAAAAUCUGAAUUCUAUCAAGAAGCCUUAAACAUUUUAAGAAAUUCAGAACAAGCUAAAAUAUUAUUAGGAGAACCUAUUCGUGAUGGAAAUUUCAAAUUAGAUUCAAGAAUUAAUGCAUAUAGUGAUAAAAAAGCACAAUUUCAAAUACCCGUAAAAGGUCCCAAAGAAAGGGGAACUCUUUAUUUUUGGGCACAAAAACCAUCUACGUAUGAAAAAUGGAAUGUACAUCGAAUGGAAUUAGAAUUGAAAAGUGAUUCUACUAAAAGAUUAUUAAUAAAAGAUGAGAUUGUUGAAUGAAUAAUUAUAGUAACAAAAUAAUUCUGUAGUCCCUAUUUUGUACUAAUUUAUAAAAAUAAAUUCGCUUGGAGCUUUUAA